UUCCAUCCUUACCCCCACCCUUUUGCGCGCCCCUCCCUCUGCGACUAGCUGGGAGGCUCGGCCGCCCCCGCCCCAAGAGGGAGGCGGGGGCGCUAGCCGCGGCCGCCACCCGAGGCUGCAGAGGGGAACGAGAUCCGAGGCCCCGAGGCGGCCCUGCGUCUGGACCGGGCGUGCGGGGGCUGCCUCUGCACCCCAGCUCUGGGCCGCCGGGCCUGGCCUCGCCGCGGGGUGCAGGAGGUUGAGUCUGCAGAGCGAGGGGCCCGGAUGGUUUUCUGGAUGUGGGAUCCAGGUGCUGGAGCCUGUGUGUGUGACCUUGGGAGGCGUGUGCCUGUUUGCAGGAGCAAGAGACAACAACCGAAAAGGCAGUGUCAGGGCUGCCAAGAAGCAGAGGACUGGCUGCAUUGACCCCUGUGGGUCUUCAUCAGGCUGGAGUGACUGUUCUGGGAGGUGCACAUGUUGGGGACACAGCCACAGCCACCUCACCCCUGGCCCGGGGCGCCCUGAGAAUUCCUGACCCCGCAGGGGGGCUCGCCCGCCGCCCCCCAUGAGCGCGCCCGGCUGACCAGCAGGGCGGCCGCGGUGGAGCCAUCGCGCCACGGGGGCGGCGGGGCCAUGGCCUCGCUGGACCUGCCGUACCGCUGCCCCCGCUGCGGGGAGCACAAGCGCUUCCGGAGCCUGUCGUCGCUGCGCGCGCACCUGGAGUACAGCCACACGUACGAGACACUCUACAUUCUCUCCAAGACCAACAGCAUUUGCGACGGCGCCGCCGCGGCGGCCGCAGCGGCUGCGGCGGCCUCGGGCUUCCCGCUGUCGCCGGAGCCCGCCGCCCUGCUGGCCGUGCCCGGCGCCCGGCGCGAGGUCUUCGAGAGCACAUCUUUCCAGGGCAAGGAGCAGGCGGCCGGACCGUCGGCCGCAGCGCCACACCUGCUGCAUCACCACCACCACCACGCGCCCCUCGCCCACUUCCCCGGCGACUUGGUGCCCGCCAGCCUGCCCUGCGAGGAGCUGGCUGAGCCGGGCCUGGUGCCCGCCGCCGCUGCGCGCUAUGCGCUGCGCGAGAUCGAAAUCCCGCUGGGGGAGCUGUUUGCCCGCAAGUCGGUGGCGUCCUCGGCGUGCUCAACGCCGCCGCCCGGGCCCGGCCCUGGUCCUUGCUCCGGGCCCGCCUCCGCUUCGCCUGCGUCCCCCUCGCCCGCCGAUGUGGCCUACGAGGAGGGCCUGGCGCGCCUCAAGAUUCGCGCGCUGGAGAAGCUGGAGGUGGACCGAAGGCUGGAGCGGCUAAGCGAGGAGGUGGAGCAAAAGAUCGCCGGCCAGGUGGGCCGGCUGCAGGCGGAGCUGGAGCGUAAGGCGGCUGAGCUGGAGACUGCCCGGCAGGAAAGCGCGCGGCUGGGGCGGGAGAAAGAGGAGCUGGAGGAGCGCGCGUCAGAGCUCUCGCGCCAGGUGGAUGUAAGUGUGGAGCUGCUGGCCUCUCUCAAGCAGGACCUGGUGCACAAGGAACAAGAGCUGAGCCGAAAGCAGCAGGAGGUGGUGCAAAUUGACCAGUUCCUGAAGGAGACAGCAGCACGGGAGGCCAGUGCCAAGCUGCGGCUACAGCAGUUCAUUGAGGAGCUCCUGGAGCGGGCUGACCGUGCUGAACGGCAGCUACAGGUCAUCAGCAGCAGCUGUGGCAGCACACCCAGUGCCAGCCUGGGUCGUGGAGGUGGGGGCAGCGGAGCAGGCCCCAGUACUCGGGGCCCAGGCAGAAUGCGAGAACACCACGCGGGCCUGGCCAUGCCCAGCACAUAUGCAGUGUCACGGCAUGGUUCCUCUCCAAGCACAGGGGCCUCCAGCCGUGUGCCAGCCGCAUCUCAGAGCUCAGGCUGCUAUGACAGUGACAGUCUGGAGCUGCCCCGACCAGAGGAGGGGGCCCCUGAGGACAGUGGCCCUGGGGGCUUGGGUCCACGGGCGCAGGCUGCCAACGGGGGCUCAGAGAGGUCCCAGCCUCCUCGUAGCUCAGGCCUACGGCGCCAGGCCAUCCAGAACUGGCAGCGCAGACCCCGCCGACACAGCACUGAAGGGGAGGAAGGUGACGUCUCAGAUGUGGGCUCCCGAACCACCGAGUCAGAGGCUGAGGGGCCAUCAGAUGUCCCCCGCAUGGCACCUGCGAUGGCUGGGCCAUUGAGCAGCUGCCGGCUCUCAGCCCGCCCCGAGGGGGGCAGUGGGCGGGGUCGGCGAACCGAGAGGGGCAGCCCCUCUCGCUCCAAUGAGGUCAUCAGCCCAGAGAUCCUCAAGAUGCGAGCCGCUCUUUUCUGCAUCUUCACCUACCUGGAUACACGCACGCUGCUGCACGCUGCUGAGGUCUGCCGGGACUGGCGCUUCGUGGCCCGCCACCCCGCAGUAUGGACAAGGGUGCUGCUUGAGAAUGCACGCGUCUGUUCCAAGUUCCUGGCAAUGCUGGCUCAGUGGUGCACCCAGGCCCACUCACUGACACUGCAAAACUUGAAGCCCCGGCAGCGGGGAAAGAAGGAAAGCAAGGAGGAGUAUGCCCGGAGCACCCGGGGCUGCCUGGAAGCGGGGUUGGAGUCCCUGCUGAAGGCGGCUGGGGGGAACCUGCUGAUCCUGCGCAUCUCCCAUUGUCCAAACAUCCUCACUGACCGUUCGCUCUGGCUGGCCAGCUGCUACUGCCGUGCCUUGCAGGCUGUCACCUACAGGAGUGCCACCGACCCUGUGGGCCAUGAAGUCAUUUGGGCUCUAGGUGCAGGCUGCAGAGAGAUUGUCUCCCUCCAGGUGGCACCACUUCACCCCUGCUGCUAUUGCGGUGUCCUGCAGGCUGUCACUCACAGCCAGCAGCCUACCCGCUUCAGUAACCGCUGCCUGCAGAUGAUUGGUCGCUGUUGGCCCCACCUCCGGGCCCUGGGGGUUGGGGGCGCCGGCUGUGGGGUGCAGGGCCUGGCGUCACUUGCGAGAAACUGCAUGCGGCUACAGGUCCUGGAGCUUGACCAUGUGUCAGAAAUCACCCAGGAAGUGGCAGCUGAGGUCUGCCGGGAAGGCCUGAAGGGACUGGAGAUGCUGGUGCUCACGGCCACCCCUGUCACCCCUAAGGCCCUGCUGCACUUUAACAGCAUUUGCCGGAACCUUAAGUCCAUUGUGGUCCAGAUUGGAAUUGCUGAUUAUUUCAAAGAGCCCAGCAGCCCUGAGGCCCAGAAACUAUUUGAUGACAUGGUGACAAAACUCCAGCUGGAACAGCUUUCUGGCACAGCCAGUGAGGAGCUGUCCCUACCAGCACCUGAUGUCGUCACCCGGAGGAUCUGCAAUAACCACCCAGUGGCUCCUCAGCUGCUUGGACAGGCCUUUCCUUCCUACACCCAGUCCCAAUCAGGGGUCUCUGCCAGGCUCCAGGUCAGAGGACGCCCCACAGGGCAGCUCAGACUUGGCAAGGAGGGCUCUUCUUCCCUUACCCUGUCCUAGCCUUCUGUGGUUCACACUCUUUAGACGGCCUAGGCUCUGGGUCCAUACUCUCCAGGGAUAAUACAGGCAGACCUAGGGGCUUGGACACAUGUCAGCCAAAAGCUGGGGCAUGCAGUCCGUGGAGUGGGGUACUGAGGAUGUGUUUGGAAAGAAAAACAAGUCACCUAGAACUUCUCCCCAGGAUGAGACUAUUGCCAGGUGGAGAAAACUUACUUAUUGCUAUAAGAAGACAAGACCCCUCCUCCCAACCACCCUCCUGCUCCCCCCCACAUAUCAGAGCGAAACUCAGACCUAAAGGUGCAUAUUUAUAUACCUGCUCUUCAUUCCUGAGGGACUCUCUGGAGGGUCAAGGUUCCAGCCCUGGAAAGCCCUGUCAGCAGUUGAGUAGUUCUCAUCAAGGAAUUUCCCUCUAAUUCAGGUGCUUGGGUAGGAAUCUGAUGGGUUUAAGGUUCCCAAGGCUGUUUGGUGAGGGAGGUACUGGACUACCAUCUGUGCUGGGCCCUGGAGGAAGUUAAAGAGAAUAGUUGGCUUGCUGACUUCUUUACCUAGUCAACUUGUUUAAAGACAUAGCUGGGGCAGGGAGCCAGACCCCCACAGGAGGUGGAGAAGAUGAAGAAUAUUCUCAACAGACUUGGUCCCCCUUCCUCAGUCUGCCCUGGCCCCAUGGGCUGAAGGCUGUGUUGGGGGCCUCCUGCUAAGGAGCAGUGCUGGGGCCCGGGCUGGAGCCUCUUGGCUCAGAAGCCACAGAAUGCCAGUGGUUUUCACUAGCCGCCCUUGUACAAUACCCAAAAGACCAAGUCCCAGCACCAAGCCUUCCCAGUUCCUCCUCUUAGAAUUGCCACAGGGGUUCAGAGGCUGUGGGUUCUGCCAACCUUCACUUAAAAAGUUCUUUCAAACAUUUAAAUUAGAUCCAUCUUAGAGUUUCCUUCUCUCCUAUUUAGGAUUGGCUCCCAGCCCUAACCAUUAGACUGCUGGUCCUGGUCCCAAUCCUUCACAGGGAUCCAAUAUUCUGCCACAAACUGGCUUGGAUGUCAAGACCCAGUCCCCAGUUACCUUGUAAUGAGUCCUCCGGAGCUAGGAAUCCCACAGGCAUAGCAGCUUAUCCCAGAUUCCCUGGCUCUACUCCCUAGCACUGUCCCAGCUUUUUUUUUUAAUCAUUGCUUUUUCUUCUCUUGUGGCUUGUUCUGUCUCUGUCCCUGAAAUACCAAGGGUAUCAUUGUUGGCAAUUUCCUGCCCUGCACAAAGCCUUGGCGUGUGUGACACCCCUGUUCCCCCUACUCCAGAGCAACUGGCUCAACUGGCUUCCAUCUCCCAGCCUUGUCCUCAGGAGUCACAGGAAGAAGUAGCACAGCUUUCCUCUCCUCUAGAGGCAUGGAAGGGAGGUAGAGGCCCACUCAGGGCCUAGCUGCCCUGGGUUUGCCUGUCCUGCCUUGCCAACCACACCCCUAUAGCUCCUGCCCCUGUGACCCCAGGACCAGAGGUUCUGUCUUCCCUGUCUCCUAGACAAAGCACAAAAGGAUGCCCUGCUUGGCCUGAGCCUGCCCAAUAGAGGAACUUUCUCUGCCCCCGGGAACCAUCUAUCCCUGAAUACAAGGCCUUGGACAAUUAUGCCCCGAGUGGAACCCACUGUAAAUGCCUAGCAUCAGCCCUAAGAAAGGAGUUUGUUGUGGAAGAGCAGUGAGCUAGGGUGGUAGAAAGGUGGUGCUGAAAACUGAUGCUAGUCAUACGUUCACUCAUUCAUCAGUGCAAUGGUACUUGGCACCACCAGCACUAGAGAUGGAAGGGUGAACAAGACCCCCUUUUACCUGAUGGGAAGUCCACCCUACAGGUUUGUCUCUUUCCAGGAAACCUAAGUCCUCCAUCCCAUGUUUUCUGGCUCUGUGUGUAAAGUAUGUGUAAUAUUGCAGAGGUCUGAACCCUUGACAACAGGAAUGACAGGUCACAGUGUGUCCCACUGCACUGGCACACUCCCUUCCCUGCCCUGGGCUGGCAGACUUUUGCACCCUGGCCUUCAUGCAUGCCUUGAGCCCCCUUCCCCCACCAGCAACUUGUUAUUUUGUCCUCUGCUCAGGGUGAUGAGCCCUGUUGCUGAGUGGGGAGCUUGCUGGGAUUCUUUUUUGGCAACCAUACAACUGGGCUGAGGAUGAACAGGGACAGAGGGCCUGGCCAGCUCUGGAAGCAUCUUAUCCCAUCUGUAUCCCCCCAAAGGGGAGCCAUCAUCCAUACCUUACCUAAUAAGAUGCAAAAAAGGAAUAUCAGAGAGCAAACCAAGGCAGGGCCUGCUUUAGGGCCCCAAGUACAUGUACAAUUCCUAUGUGUCCCUACCACCCCUUCUGCCACACAGCCUGGCCCUAGCACCCGGAAGGUUGGCAUACUUGGCUUUAGUAUUUCAUACUUUUUUCAGGCUGCUUCUUCCCAGCACUGGCAGGAAAUGAAGAUGGCUACACUGCCAGAACCACAGCUUUUCACUGGCCAGGAGAGACUACCUAGGGACCAAGGCAACUCAUGUUUUCUUAGUCCUGUGAUAGUAGAGUCUGAGCCAGCCCCUCAGGAAUUGCUUCAAAAGGACAAAAAAAGAAAAAACCUUCCCAAGGCCUGCUCCUCCAAGGUUUGGCUCUGUCCCUUGCCUUUGGGUCCUGCCUGUUCCUCUGGUCUCUAAUCUGUUGGGCCACAGGUGGGGAGCUGCCCAAGGCCCAAUCCAAGGCACUAAGUUGAAGACCUUACCCGAGUGACUAUUGGUGCCAAAGUCCCAGUUCCUGGUGGACCUGGGGUGAACAUAAGAGAGAUGGUGAGAGGGUAUCUGGCCCAGGUUCCCAGAGAUGUUAACUUGAACCCAUGGCAUCUUUCCCAGCUUCAGUCCUGAUGAGUGUGACUUCCCUCCCCUGGGGGGGUCUGGUCCUUUUUUCACCCCUAGUGGACAUGCUUUCUCACCCAGCCUUGUUCCAGGCCUGCAUUUCUGUAUAUAUUGCUAUGUAUUGUGUGUAUGUAUUUAUUCCUGGACAAGUGUGUUCAUCUGCAGCCCUUGCCUGAGGAUAAGGUUUAGGAUUGGGUGAAGAUCAGACUACCAGGGCCAACUAAGACUACUCCCUCCCUAACCCCUUGGGACCUCAGCUGGUCCCAAAGCAGCCCUGACAAUCAGGCAGGCUCCCCACCACAAGGCCAAGCCUCCUCUGCACUGCCAGCAUGGCCAUUGGGAAGGCUUGGCCUCAGGCUCCCCAGCCUUUGCUCUGCCCUGGUAGGGUUCAUGUAUCCAGGGGCAGAGGCCCAAGGUGAUCUAGGUUUGCCUUGUGGCUGAUGCCAGCAGGCUUGGUUCUAGUGGACACCCCUAGCGGGGGACCUCCACAACUGGCCCCUAGGCCCUGCCUUCCCACACUGAGCCAGGCUGCUAUGGACCUCAGCUGUGAGAAGGUAGCUUCCCUCACUCCAAGCACAUCAGGCAGAGAGGUGGAGAGCAAUUUUUAGUUUUACUUUUGUUUCUAAAGUGGUGCCUGUACCUCCAGCCCCCAGGGGGCCUUCCCUGGCCCCACUUCUCUGCCCCACCCAGGCAUCGCCAUCCCAGCACUUUGCUCCAUGUCACCCAUAGAUGCCCUUGCUGAAUGUACGACUCAUAUGGGCAUCAGAGAAUUUAUGGCUCUGUAUCCAAUAAAAGAUGGUGAAAUUGG